UUCGAAAUAUGGAGUGUAUUGAGUAAAGAUGGAAUUGAAGAUGAAGAACAAUUACCAAAUAAUUUUAUCGAUACCUUGAAUGGAUGUCGAACUAUUGACGAUACAUCAAACACCCCAUCCCAUAAUGAUCCUGAAAUCAAUGCUGCUGUCGAUACAAUAGAUGAGGCUAUUACUACCACAUCGACAAUAUUCAAUCUAAUAAAUGAUUUGCCUGCUCGAUCACCGCAACUUACCCUGAGUGCUUCUGUUCGUACACGUGUUCUACCUUCACCAACUCAAAACAAUGAAGGUAAAUUACGCGAAUCGUCUGUGAUGAAGUAUUAA